CACCACAACUACAACAACUACAACAAGUACAAGCACCACCAUCAACAACAAGAACAACAAGAAAAUCAUCAACGGCGUCAAUUGCGACGAUGGCUGCCAUAAAUACGGUACCAAAGAGCAUACACCUGCCUUUGACAAGUCUCAGCAGCGCGCCGCGUGUGUUGAUGUGCAGCGCCUCUGUGGGCUCUGAGGGAUCCGUAACAUUGCAACUGAGAGAUGCCAGCGCCUUGGAGGCAGCAUCAGCAGCAUCAGCAGCAUCAGCAGCAGCAGCGAGCACAAAAUCGGCCACAUCAACAGGGGGGAAUGGCGUUACAACGCUUGCCACGUCCUCAACGUCGGCAUUAGAGAAUGCUUUGACGAUCGGGUAUCCGGAUCCGGAAAUGCUGGCAGAUGUCUUGGGCAGCAUACAGACAGCCUCUCUCAAGAACAACCACACAAUCACAGCCACAACUUUAAGCAAUAGCUCAACGAAAUCGGCUAAUGGCAAUCAUCUGAAUAAUCCCAAUAAAAUAACCAUAACCAGACGUAGUGUGCAGUCCGUCAGCACCUCCACGAACACAACAACAAUCGGUGGCAGCCAGAGCCACAGCCACAGCCAGAGCCACAGCAAAACAAAUACCAGCUACAUUAAGAACUGUUUGAUCCGCAGCAGCAGCUGCAGCAACACGGUCACCAAUGUCACGACGCUGGCGCAGAUUAUGAGCAACAGCAGCACCAGCAGCGCAUCCAGUCUCCUCAAUCAGCACAACAACAACAGCAACUGCAGCAACAGCAGCAACUUCAGCACCGCCUCCUCCGUGGGCAGUAGCAUCAGCAUCGGCAGCAGCAGCAGCAGCAGCAACAGCAAUAGUAACGAUAGCAACAGCAGCACCGGCGGCGGGCAUAGCCUCUCCUUUAAGAGCAACGGUAGGCAUGUUCCUGGCAACAGUGGGGCAGUGGGUGGUGGAAGCACAGUAGCCACAAGCACUAAUACCCCUGGCAUUGGUGGCAUCAUCAGCAUCGAAGCACCGCGCAAGAAUCGCCCCAAAUUAUCCUCUCCAACGCGACACGGACCACAGCAGUGUCAGAUUUGUUGCAAGAUCUUUGGAAAUGCCUCGGCACUGGCCAAGCACAAACUGACGCACAGCGACGAGCGCAAAUAUAUUUGUGUGCUCUGCUCGAAGGCAUUCAAGCGGCAAGAUCACUUAAACGGACACAUGAUGACUCAUCGGAACAAGAAGCCUUACGAAUGUAAGGCGGAUGGCUGCGGCAAGUCCUACUGCGAUGCCCGCUCCCUGCGCAGGCACUCGGAGAACCAUCAUGCGGGUGCAGUCACUCCCACCACCAGUCAAUCGCUCUCCCCCACAGCCAGCUCGAGCGGGGCGAGCAACAGCAGCAGCGUCGGUGUGGCCACCAGUUCGCUGAGUCUCUCGCCGGCGACGGCCAGCGGGGAUGCGAGCUCACCGGAUGGGGCCACGUGCAUACGAACGUACAUUUCCACGGGCAGCUCUUUGGUGGACGCCGCCACGGGAAUCGCUCUGUCGGACGAACAGAUCAAGGCCAUGAACUUGCCCAUCAAGACGGGCAUGACGCUGCUGUCGCCCACCACCUCCACAUCCUCGAAUGCAUCCUCCACGGCCUCGUCGUCGUCGCUGUCCUCUUCCCCGUCGACCAUCGCGUCGUCGUCGGUGGCCGGUGGCACCGUGAUAGCCAGCUCACCCACCAUCACGCUCAGCGAUGGCGUCAGUCUCGAGGGCGAGGGCCUGACCCGGGAGCAGCUCGAUCUCAUCAGCAAGAUCAUGCAACAGACGAAGCAGACGAGUGCCCAGGUGACCGUCUCCUCACCCACCAGCGUCAGCUCCUACAAAAUCAACACAAACUCGGCCCCGUCAUCGUCCCGGCCCCGUACCUGGAACAUGCAAUUGCUCAACAGCGCCCAGAAUGUGACGCUCCAUGUGGAAGAUGGCACCGAUCUGGUGGCUUCUGCCUCGAACUCCCCCGUAGAGAUCAAGGAGGAAGACUUGGGCCAGCAGCAGCAACUUGUGGCCACCGCCAAUCCCCACCUGCUCGUGAAGCUCGACAAGCCCGUCGAGUGCAAUCUCUGUCACCGUAAGUUCAAAAACAUACCCGCCCUCAAUGGGCACAUGCGCCUGCACGGCGGCUACUUCAAGAAGGAUCCGGAAACGAAGCGCAGCGAGAAGAAGGACUCGAGUGGUCCGCCCCUGCAGACGGCCAGCAUUGGAGUGCGCGCCCUCAUCGAGGAGAAGAUCAUCAGCAAGCGCAAGGACAUGAACAAGGGCGCCUUUGUGGUACCCGCGCCACCGCACAGCAGCAGCAACAGCAGCACCACCACCACCACCCUGCGACGAUCGAUCAGCGACCUGGAGAGCUUCCUCAAUCCGAAGAGCAGCUCGAGUGCUUUCACCCAAACGCUCUCCACCAGCGCGGCCACCACCACAGCGGUGCUGCCGGCGGCCACCACAAUCAAGAGCAGCAACGGCCUCAGCAUACAGCAGAUCGGACUGCCCCAGAGCAUCGAGAUCUUCAGUGGGGGCCAGAAGCAGUCGAAGACCCUCAGUCUGGGCAGCGGCACCAACACGAUCACAAUCACCACCAACAACGUGCCAACGACCACGACGAUGAGUGCUCUGACCGCCCUGAAGGCAGGCGGAACCAUUAGCGGCAUAUCCGCCGCCACCAACACGGAUCCCAAGGACUCCACCCUGAUCGAGCUGCUGAAGCGGGGCACUCGCAUUGCGGUCACCUCCAAGAAGGCUCAAUCCCAUUUAACCCAAGGCGGCACGAAUGUGCUGAUGACUACCCAAAAUGGCGCAGGAUCGGGACUGGGUGCGGUCACAGAGCUCACCACCAUCGGGGGAAGCAACAUUCAGACGGUGGGGCGGCAGAUCAUCACCAACAACAAUCGGACCGUGAUCAUACCUUCCGAUGUCCAGGUGGUGGCCACCAAGAGCAAGCUGAGCAGCCUCAGCAGCAGCGUGAAUACAUCCUGUUCGUCCGGCAGCAUAUCCCUGGCCGAUGACACGCCCCUCUCGCUGAACAUCGCCCCCAGUCAGGAGGGGCACGUCGGCAGUGGGACCGUGGGAGGGGGGGGAGUGAUCACGAGCGGAGGAGGCGGAGUGUACACCGUUACCUAUACCAGCGAUGGCAGCGAUCUGUUCGACGAUGCAGAGGUGUACAACGUGUCCGACACGGAGAUGCUGCUCCAGACAGUGGACUCCAUGGAGCUGCUGAACGACGAGGACGUGGACGUGGCGCAGAUCAAGAGCGAACAUUCCGAGGACUUUGCCCUGCUCAGCGAGGCCGGCGACAGUGUGCACAGCCAGCUGGUCAAGCUGGAGCCAGACACCGGCGGCAUCGCCAACGGCUCCAGCAGCAGUAGCACCACAAACCCCAAUAGCAACACCAACACCAACCAUGCAACCACACCGCUGCCCACCUUCCAGCAAUUCCAUUCCAAGGAGCUCAUCAUGCAGAACAGCUCCCAGAUCCAGGCGAUAGCCAGCAUGCGCGGCAGCAUCCUGCCCUCCCCACUCCACUCGCCGCUGGCCUAUCCGACGCCACCCUCCAGUCACGAGAACAUGGCCCAGUCGUCGCCUUUCAUUGAGGAUGCGGCCGCCCAGUUCGUGGACGCCAGCAACACCUUCUUCGGAGACAAGACGGACUUCUCGCACAUCUACUUCAAGACGGACGAUGGUCAGCCCAUCGAACAGCUGAACGAGAACGACAACGAGAAGAUCCUGAAGCUCAAGUCGGUGCUGGAGGAGAGCAGCUUCGAUCCCUCCAUCAAGGUGGAAGACUUGCUGAAUGGCACGGAGGACGACACCGAGUGCGACCUGCGCGAGUUUGCCGAGACGAAUCUCUCGUUCCUGGACGAGGACCAGGAGUUCCUCAACGAUUCACGCAACGCCACCUCCCCGCUGUCGGAGUCGUUCUUCACCAGCGGCAUUGGCUCGGCAGAGGAUGUGAAGCAGGUGCUCCGUGAAGUGCUGCCCGACGAGAACAUGCAGCUGCAGCUGACCAGCGAGGAGCAGGGGGAGAACAUCAUUGAUCUCUACUACUUGCCGGGCCUCGGUCUGCAGUCCCAGAUGAUGAACAACUCGGAGGACCCGAUGCUCUCCUCCUCGCCACGCGAAUUUGGACUGCAGCGUCAGAUGGGACAGAUCCAGGCAGCGACUAUGCCACAGCCGAUGGAGCAGCAGCUGCAAACCACGGCCAUCUAUCAGCAGCAAGAGUCACACCUGCAACAGCAGCCACAGGAACAGAUACAGCUACAGCAGCAGCAGCAGCAGCAACAGCCGCAGCAGAUCCUGGUCCCCCAACAAUCUCUGGGCCAAGCGGUUUCCAUGCAGGCUCAGGCAGGCCAGCAGCAGACAGAAUUCAUGCUGCCCCUGGCGGGGGGUCCUGGCUUUGCGGCGGUUAGCGGCCAGACUCAGUACCUGGAUACCAGUCAGAGCACCAUGACACUGCAGCCUCUCAACAGUCUGCUGCAGCCUCUGCUGUACGGAGGUGUCUCCAAUGGCACACACACCACAGGCCCUGCGGCUGUGCUCACCACCGAUUGCCAGAUGAAUCCCAAUCAAUGUCAGAGCAACGCCCUCGAUGCCAGCCUGCUGUUUUCCUGUGGCGCCACAGCCACUAAUGGCAACGGAAAGUCCCUGCUGGCCGCCCUGCCCACAUCGGUGCCCACACCUGUGGUUAUUGCCACCCCGCCCAGCGUAUCCAAUCUGCAGCCGCUGUCGAAUCAAACCAAUUCCAUACUGAAGCGUCGCCUGCGCUCGAAUGCUCCCCAGGAGACGCAAAAGUUCUCCAAGUUCCACACCCUGUCGCCGCAUCGCUCCAAGCUGCGUAAGCCCUCGCGCACGCACUAUACGCCGGCCCCCAUCCUGAAUCCGGACCGCAAGGGAACAGGUCUGUAUUGUAUUGUGCGGAAACAGCAGGGCCAGGGCAUGUUUGAUGUCUUCGAGGAUGACUUUGGCGACCCGGUGGGCCUGGUCGACUUCUCGGACGAGUCGAAGGUGAACCUCGGCUCGGCAUAUCAGGCACAGAUACCCUGCUGCAAGCCGUUGGAGGAGGCCACCAAUGAUCCCAUGGGUGCGGAGAUGAUGUGGAAUCCCGAGGUGCAGGAGGACGAGAAAAUCCUGAUGCGUUACAUAGAUCUCAGCAAAUCAUCGGCCGUGCCAAUGGGCAGUCAUUCCGAGGAGGUGGCCCUCCACACAUUGCUCAAGUCCCAGGGCAAUUCGGCGGCGGCGGUGCUGACCCUCCUCCAGACGCAAUCCAGUGCAUUUCAAAUGAAGUGGACCGCCUUCGAGCUGGAGCAGUUCCUGCGCGGUCUGGAGAAGCAUGGCAAGGACUUUGGCAAGAUUGCCAGCGAGCUUCGCACAAAGUCCUCGGGGGAGUGUGUGCAAAUGUAUUAUUUCUGGAAGAAGCUCUGCGUGGACUAUAAGGUAUCGCACUUGAAGAUGGAGCCAGUGACCCACAUCGUACCCCCCGUGGAGAAGCCCUAUGUUUGCGAGAUUGCCGACUGUUCAGCGAGCUUCAGUUCGAAGGCGGCGCUGCACGGCCAUGUUCGCAUACACGCUUUUGGCCGUAAUGCCAGCAGCAACAACAACAACAACAACAGCAACAACAGCAGCAACAGCAACAGUACGCAGCAUGCGAUGGCAAAUAAUGCCACAGGCAGCAAUCAACAAAGUUCCAACAGCUACGCAUGCGCAUCCCUGACAACCAACAGCAGCAGCGGCACCAAUAAUCCAUCAAGCAAUGCAACAUCAGCAACAACAAGUGCAGCGAAUAUUGGUGGCAGCAUUGGCAAUGGUGGCAAUGGCAAUCCAAACACAACGACAACCACAUCCUCAUCGACACUGACAAAUUCCAAAGUGGAAACGGGCAACACCAACGCCACUGCCACUGCCCCGCCAACUGUCAAGGAGGGGGAAUUCCCCUGCAAGGUGUGCGGCAAAGUCUUCAAUAAGGUGAAGAGUCGUAGUGCUCAUAUGAAGACGCAUCGGGUUCAGGAAUCGGAUCAAACGCCCAAAAACCAACAUCAUCAACAGCAACAACAACUGCAGCAGCAACAAAAGCAGCAGCAGCAGCAGAUAAGCAAUCUAACAAAUAUUAUCACAGGAUCCGUCACCGGUAAUGGGACAGGCACAGGGACAGGGACAGGAACAGCAUCAGGAUUAGCAUCAACAGCCGCCUCAUCAGCGAUCACAACGUCGUCUUAAAGACCGAUCGGGACAGAAAUAAGAAAAUGACUUCCAAAAUUAAUGAUUAAACAAAUGAAAAAUCGAUUGACAAUCGCAUUAAGCAAGCAGCGUUAGAAUUUACUCUUAGACGAAUUUGAGUCUAAAAAUCAAUGUCAUCUGUAUGUAGUAGUUAAAGGCAUUUCUUCAUUCAAAUCGCUCCUUCAGUCUAUCUCUAACUACAACUCUCUACCCAUGUAGAAUCUAUCUAUCUAUCUAGCUAUCUAUCCAAAACAAAACACCCUCUCUCUCCUUCUCUAUAUCUAUAAAUCUAUCUAUCAUCUAAGUAGGAAACACUUUGACUUACUCUAGGGUUUAAGUCUAGCCAAUGAUUGGUACAAGUUCAAAUUGAAUUGUUAUUAACUAUUGUAGGCAAGUGCAAUAUUUAUGUUGAGAUAAUUCUAAAAUAUACCCUACCGUAUUUUUAUAUCGUAGUAGGCGUUUAUUCUGCUCGACUCGACUGUAGGUGUAACUCUAUAACUUUAAAACACACACACAAAAAAAGAACUAUGGCUAAAGCUAAAGCUCAAUCCAAAUCUAUGAUAAAAACUAGCGCAUAAUUACUGUUAACUACAAGUUUUUUCUACUCCAAAUACUCGUACAUAGUUGCAAAACACUACACUGAUACUUUACUAGAGCGAUAAAAGUGUAGACCCUAAG